UUGUCAUGGAAUGGCUCGUGAAAAACGAGGGUGCCUUUGUUUGAUAAUGCAUACAAUUAUAAACAGCCCAUUACACUAGUCUAACGGAUUAACAAACAGGCCCGUAAGACUAUCAUUAUCGGCGAUCCUUAUCAGAGGGUUUUUAAAAUUAAUGAUUCAUUUAAUUAUUAAAUCAAAAAUACAUAAUAUCCCAAGCACCGAUCCUAGUUAUUUUGUAACCGAUCCUUAACACACAUUUAAAGAAACAUGUCAGCACCUAAACUAAUGUGAUGAAGCAGCAUCUCUCCACCGAUGCCGGUAAAGAGCUCACGGAGAAGAUCGGUCUCGUUUAUCAGAUCAACGUCGCUCCCAAGAAAUUAGGGUUUGAAGAGGUUACCUGCAUCGUGGAUCUGAAGAAAAAGUCACCAAAGAGUAUUUUCGGAUCGACCACAUGCUCAACAAUCGAUCGAUCCGUAAAAAGAUGGUCGAUCUCCUUGGCUAGGGGUGCGAUGAAGAUAAAGGGUAGUCUCAGUGCUGCGCAAGAAGUUCACCCCUGACAUUUUCCCAAAGCCUUGCCUUCGAAGUUGUGAACACAGUGUAAGAAUGGUGCUGCAAGCCUCCCUUGAACUCACCAUCUGAUACUUGUCUCCUACCAAAAAAACCUGCAGUAACUUAUCCAAUUGUAGGUUUAACUCAAGUCUAAUACAAACUGUCCGAGCUUCGUUUCUUCUCUGAGAAGGCAAGUCAACAAACACAGUUUCUCCUCUUUCACUGCAGGAGUUGUAUUGAAUUGAGAUAAAUGUUACAUUUGAUUAUUUUUCAAUUUCAAUCAACUCUGCUGAGAGCAUUCCUUCUUGUAAUUAAGAUGUUUAUGUUUUCAGGCUUCUGACUCGGAGGGUGUUGCAGAGCAGGAUUGUGAUAUGUUCUUAUUCGUUUGCAGUUGGAAAUUCACAGUCUGAUGGUGAUGAAGCCACUGCUGGAUUGGUGAUCAAGCCACUGCUGCUCUAGUACGAGCCAACUUGGACGUUUUGAUGGCCAUCCAUUAGUUUGCGGUUUCUUCAAAUCGGGUAGUACGUGUAUGGCUGGUGCCAGAUGUCCAUUCGCACAUAAAGUUCCUAGAGUUUUUGAUAGUAGAACUGGGUAACCUCUAUGGCUCUAUCUUUCUCUUUGUUGCCUUUCUCAAACACUUUUAUGAUGUGAAUUUCUGCUUGUUCGCAGUUUAGACAAUCCAAAAACCGUCGAGUUACUGGCUAGGAAUGUUUACAUGGGCGCUGUGGAUCCACCCAUUGAUCAAACCCUUAAAACGCUCUACCUCCGUCGCCUCAACUCGAGUGUCCACGAGCAGCACAUACGAGACCGUUUCAGCCCUUAUGGAGAAAUAUAAUCUAUUGUCUAUUUUGCAAUGAGAGGUGUCGACGGUGCGUUUCUCACGUACACAAGCCGAGAAGCGGCAGAGAAGGCCAUGCUAGAGCACUCCUCAUGGGUUGUUAUUAAUGGCCAAAAUGUUAAACUCUUAUGGGGAGCACAUGUGAUCCCCAAGGAAGCUGUGGUUCAGGAGAAUCAACCCCAGGACCAUGAUACGGAUGUUUCUAGAAUCCUUAUCCAUUGAAAGUUUAUUUCACAAAGAAGCAAAUGAAUAAAUAAUAUAUAAGUAGUAGUUUGUUAAACUGAAUGAAUAAUAUAUAUAUAUUUAUUGGUUGAUUUCAC